AUGAAAGUUAACUUAAUUUCAUGGAAUGUUAGAGGAUUGAAUGAUGAAAGAAAAAGGAGAAUGAUCAAGAGUUGCAUUAACACUUGGAAGGCAGAUGUAUAUUGUUUCCAAGAAACCAAAGUUGAAGGAGAUAUCAGUGAUUUCGUUAGAGACCUUUGGGCCAACAGAUGGGUCGAUCACAUCCAAUUAGAGGCUAGUGGUACCAGAGGAGGAAUUCUUCUAAUGUGGGAUAAAAGAAUUUGGGAUGGAGAGCGCAGUAGUCUGGCCAAUCAAGGUUGUCACUCCAUCGCAUGUAAAUUCACAGGCAAGAUGCAGGAUCUCACUUGUUACUUAAUAAGAGUAUAUGCACCCAAUGAUAGAAAAACUAGAGAGGAAGUCUGGGAGGAAAUUGGAGCUGCCAGAGGUCUAUUUUUAGGUCCAUGGAAAAAAGGUAGCAGACACGAUGUUGCUGCAAGUUUGGAUAGAUUUUUUAUCUCUGAUGAGUGGGAUGAAAGAUUCAGGAAUAUCAAACAAUUAAUUCUUGAUAGAGUGACCUCUGACCAAUCACCUGUAUUACUACAACCUGACUUCAUUUUGGCUUAUAAGUUGAAAGAUUUGAACGCCAAACUUAGAAACUGGAGCAAAACAUUACAAGGAAACUUGGAGAUGCAGAAGCUUGACACGCUAAGUCAAUUAUCAAAACUUGAAGAAAUCCAAGAUCUCAGGAAUUUAACAGAGGAGGAAAUAAGAAAUAAAAUAGCCUUAACUAUGGACUUUGAGGAGAUAGAAAAAAAGGAGGAGAUGGCUUGGAGACAGAGAUCAAGAGAAUUAUGGUUGAAACAAGGUGACAACAGCAUAAGUUCUUUCAUAAAACAGCUAAUGCACACAGAAGAUUCAACAAUAUCAACUUGUUAG